AGACCAAAUAGUUAAUUUUCUCGAAAGACCUACAGUUUUUUCCAGGGAAAGUUAGUUCGUUAACAUUUUUGUCAGAAAUUAACCUCUAUAAAUUAUUUGCUACAGUAUCGAUAAAAAAAUUAAUAGGGGGAAACGUUUCGUCUUGUUAUAAAUUUUACAUGGAGCUGAAAUCGCCAUCUAAGAUACUGUCAUCCAAUUUUUAGAACGUCAUUCAUGAAAACGAAUGAAAAUAUAAAAUUAAAAAUUUCCUUGAAUGAAAUAUUCCUUAAACUGUUUUAAAGUGUUUAUAUUAAUCGCAUGAGAGACUAGUGCAUUUCUUUUAUGAAAUAUAUUAUAUAUUUUAUAUUUUGAAAUGUCAAUAAGUUUUUAUUUGCUCUAUUAUUAAAACCUACUAUAGUUAUUAAAACCCUAUUAAUUCAUGAUACUUCUUUGCUUGAACGUAUAACUCUGCGUAUAGUCGGUUUACCAUAUUAACUUUAGCCUACAUUAGCAUUUAAAUGUUUUACUUAAACUAGUUGAUUUUCUGCAUUUAAAAAAACUUUCUCAAUUGUCUUGUUCUUAUUCACUGAAUAGGUUAGGAAACAAAAGGUAUUCAUACAAUAAUUAAUAUACAAAGAUCGUAAAUUUCUCAAAAUUAUUUCUUUGUAUUAAUGUUUUCAUGAUAUCCAAGUAGGGCCUAUGUGGUAUUUCAUUUUUAUUCAAAAUUAUUCAAUGAAUAAUUAAAUACUAUAUUUGAGACCAUAUCAUCACUGAUAUUAAUCUCACUCAUUAUUAGAAAGUGGGGAAAAAUAGGCUACGAAAAUAAUUUUAAAAAUUAAAAAAAAAAUCUAUUGUGAGCACAUUACUGUUGAUAGAGUUCGGAUUUGUCCAAUUUGAAGCAAGUAUGAAGUAAAAUCAAUGUAGAGUAUAGUAGCCUGUAGUAAGCAAACUGAAAAAAUACUCUGAGAUCAUUAUAAUGUUGAAAUUGAAUUUCAGCUUCUGAUCUCCAUUCGGACAUUUUAGUUUAUUAUUAGGAUUAAUUUUGAAUCUAAUAUUAUUACAAAGAAAGUGGAUGACACUGUCUCAAUUUAUCGAUGUAUCAACAAUAAUAUUUUUCAAAAUAACUUACAAUAAUCUUUGAGCGACCAACUGUAAAUCUCAUCGAUUACGAUUCACAUAGCCUAUACCGGUUUAUCAAAUGACGGAGUUAGUCUAAAUCUUUAGAGUUGUAAGAAAUACUUUAAAGCGUAGUUUUAGUGAAAAUUCAUGGAACUGAGUUUUUAAAUAUUCAGUAUAAACUACUAGAAGAUACGGGUUUGCUAAAGGGCUUCAUGCCGGAAAUCUGGCUUUAGAUCUGAGGCCAAACGGAGGAAGCAGUAGAUUCAUUCAAAAUAAAUAUUUCAUCACAUCUAGUUGGUGAUAGAGAAUGUCAAAAUAGAAGAAAGUAAUUAGAAACGCCAUAUUUGCUUAGUUCAGUUCGAUUCCAUCAGUUAAACAUGAUGGAUGGCUAAUGUAGAUUCACUUCUGUUUUAUAUCAUCACUCUAGCAUUCAGUUCUCUGCUUUGCAGCCAAUUUCUAUUUUUAUCAUGGAGAGUAUCUUCCUCCAGGAAGUCUCAUUUUUGCCACAGUGAUAGCAAGGAAGUGCCUGGAAUUGAACGUCUAUUAUGUCUUAUCACAGUUUGAUUUUAAUUAAUCUUUUGUUUUUAAUUUUGGUAUCGGUGGAGUGUGAUGAUAUUAUCAAGAUACAAUCAGAGCCGAGUGAUGAAGUGCUGGAGACGCAGCACACCAUCUGCCGGAUAGAUACGCACGAGAUAGCGGCCACGGCUCAAGCUACUGUCACCCGAGCUCUCAAAGGGAUGUGCGCUGCAAAAAAUAUGGAGGAGCACUUCAAAAAGAUUGAGACUAUGCUGAAGGAGCAAUUGGAUAGGCUUAAAAUUGUGGAAGACCAGCUGUAUUCGUGCCACAAGAAUAAGCUGUCGCAUUCCCCAUUAUUUGACUCGGUCGCUGUUAUGCAUGCUGAUAGACCAACUACCUUUCAAGUGCAGACUACAAACAAUCCUGAGCCAGUACUGACAACAAUACCUCCCACUACAGUAAGGAGCCAGGUUGACGAUAAACAAGACAACGAGCCAACAAAGCCAAAAGAGCAGAGCCCAAGAGAGCGCGAAGUGAGGCGCUACAAUGGAACGGUGCACAAGGAGCCCGGGAGCAAAGUGUUCACCUUCUACUGGAGGCUGACUGACGCCCAGCACAAGCUCCAAUCAGCUGAGCCAACACGAAGCCGCAGCUUCUACGUCACACCGGGCGGAUACUGUUUGUACAUGAAGCUGAUGCCCAAGCAGAACGGAGACACAGUCUACAUUCAUGUUGGCGUCACCAAAGGCAAGUUCGACGAGGCACUCUUGUGGCCGUUUCGUUUGAAAUUGCGGCUCCACGUUCUGAACCAGGAGACCGGCGAUCGUAGGAAUGAUUUGGUGUCGAAGAUGUGGGACCCGUCGACACUCUGCACACAGGUGCAUUGGCAGAAGCCGCGAACGGCAGACAACCACGAGUGUUUGGGCCUUGGAGUGCCUAGUGCUGUGCUCGACAAAAACGCUUUCAUCUUUCAAAACGUGAUGAUUAUCAAACUGUCUGUAUAUUUGUAGCGUGUUAAGAUAUCUGAUUAUUUGUUUUUAUACAUGGUAUAUAAUACUCCUUCCAAUAGAUAGUUUAUAUCAAAAUAUUCACAAUAAAUUAAAUGAAGAUACUAUCUUAAAGAAAAUCUUGCUGUUUUUCAAAUUUAUUAUCUUUAUUCGAAAUACCUACUUCAGCAUGCACAACUAUCUAUGAGCUAAUACCACCACCUUCACGACCCAAUAUCAUCACCAAUACUAAUUAUUAAUAAAGACCUCAUGCACAAAAAUAUAUUACCUGAGACCUAUGAUUUUCAUAUAAGAUGAAGUAAAUGUAAUAACGUAAUUGCAUUUAUUUUCGAUGAAUUUUCACAGUUAAAAAUCAAGGUGAUGUGCUUUUACACUGAGUGAGAAUUAUAAAUUUAUCGCGGUUGGCAAUGUUCACAAACCUUGAAUAUUUUUAUCUACGACUGUGAUAUAAUGUAAAAAUUACCGUAAAACAUCACAAUCACAUCAUCCCAUAACGGGGGUCUUUUUGCAAUGAAUUUUCAAAACUUUACAGAAAAGUGAACUUUAUGCAACGAAUUGUACAUUAUAACACGGCUUCCGAUGCUGGCGGCAGGUUUCAGUUGGU